AGCGUCAAAUUUAUGUUUUUUAAUCAAAUAUACUGCUUUCUGCACAAACUAUGUGCCCCCCCAUCCUUUGACCCUUAAGCACCAGCAGCCCCAGAAACGCCACUGUGCACACAAGCAAUUAUACAGUUAAUUGUAAAAAACUGAGCCUGAGCAUUCAGAUCUACUACAUAUCUAGUAAAGUCUGAGCUGCUAGUCUAACUCUAAAAACUGCUGGGUUUUUUUUGAGGGAAAAUAAGUGUCCAACUCUAACAUGUUCUUGUAAUGAUUAUUAUUUAUACCACACCAUAGGUUAGAAUCAAUUGGGCCAACAAGUACAGCAAUAAUAGUAAAAAUAAAGAUCAAAGGUGUAGAACUAUAGAACAAAGACAGCACUGAGUUCCACAGCAUCACAUGACAUGAUUAUCAUCAACCCUACCAUUGUGACAUCAUCAUGUCACAGUGCCACAGAGACUUCAUUAUGACAUCAUCAUUUGCAGAGGCUUUAACAUUCUCCAGCCUCUCAGAAGUUCAGUUGCUGUUUAGCGUUGGAAGUGGAAGGAGUGUAGUUAGCGUUAUCAGCAACUAUUGGUUAUUGAUCAAUGUGUUCAAGAAAAAUCAAUAGAAACAACAGCAAGAUAAAUAUGGAUUUAGGAAGCAGCAAAAGAAUGGAAAAUGGCUUCAGAGCAAGAGUAUUUGCUGUCUUUAGAAAUAUUAAAAGGAAGAUUGUGUCUGUUUUUGCUUUACCUGCCCAGGAAGAGAGUGAAGAACCCAAUGUGAGGGCGAGUAUAGAACAUCAGAGAACUGGAUAUCCCAGGAAGAGAAAAUUAGAGGAGAGCUCCAGUGAAGAGCAGUAUAUAAAGAGAAGAAGAACCCAAUCUGAUGCUGUCACCCCAUCAGAAAAGGGAGCUACAAGUGCAGAGUUGCACCUACAGGCAGAGAAUAAUCUGCAGGAAGACCGGCGUCAAGCAAGCUGGCCCUUGACCAAACGGGCAAAGAAGCGCAAAAGAUCCGCUGAUGAGGAUUCGCUAGUGAAAUACGGGAAGAGGCUCAAGGGUGAAGAAUCCCCAAAUGAGUCAGGCCCAAGUGAAAGUGCUACAGUGUCGCUCAACAGAUUUGAUUUCUAUAAGUUUCUUGGAGCCGGCAGCUUUGGAAAGGUUUAUCUGGCUAAGGACAAAAUCACAGGAAAAUGGGUGGCUGUGAAGAUGAUAAAGAAGGAAUAUGCAGAUGAAGAAAAUGUGAUGAGUGAGAGGCGGAUAUUAGAAUUAGCACAGGACUGCGCCUUUCUCACACAUGCAUAUGCUGCCUUUCAGACAGAGGAUGCUAUAUAUUUUGUGAUGGAGUAUGUGUCUGGAGGGACCUUAGAAGAUCUCCUGAUUGAAAAAGGUCCCCUUGAUAUUAACAGCACGCGGAUCUUAGCUGCUGAGAUAGUGUGCGGACUGAAAUUCCUCCAUUCUCGUGGCAUUGUUCAUAGGGACUUAAAGCCUGAAAACAUUAUGAGAGACAGUGCUGGUCACAUGAGGAUUGCCGAUUUUGGCUUAGCUGUAGAGGGAAUGUUUGAGGGCCAGAGAAUCAAAUCCUGUGCUGGAACCCGCGAUUACAUGGCCCCUGAGGUAAAGUCUUACAAGGAAUAUGAAACCUCCGUGGACUAUUGGUCGUUAGGAGUGAUAAUUCAUGAGAUGCUUACUGAGGAAAAACCCAAAUUUUCCUGGUGGGCAGAAAAAUUUAAAUGUCCAGAGAGCUUCAGCCCUGAGACAAAGGACUUUAUGGAGAAGCUCCUGUGUAGGGAUCCUGACACUAGGCAAGAAUUUGUUCGGUGUAUCAAGGACCAUCCGUUCUUUACAUCAAUCGACUGGGUGGCCCUGGAAGCUGGGGAAAUUGAGCCCCCUUUCAUACCACCACCAAUGGAGGAACAACUGAAACAUUGUGAAGAGGAAUUUCCCGCUAAAUCCUCUGUUACACCAGGCCAGGAAAGGUCAUUGACAGGGUUAUCAUUUGUGUGCCAGGAGUGGCAGUGAAUCCCACCCAAUACUUAGAAUUCCCCUCUAGCUGCAGAGAAGCAGUAAAGUCUGAGCGGGAAUAACGCGUUGCACACAAAUGGUUAUUGUGCUUACCCGGCACCAAGCUACGCGCUCCAGUUCAGUAGAAGAAGCAGAGCGGAAGAAAAGCCUUGAAAACUGUAAUGGGAUUGUACAUUACUGAGUCCGGGUACAGGACCAGAGCGCUGAGAUGAAUUCUACGAAUGGUGGCAUGAAGAGAAUAAGAAGAACAAGGGCACUAGCACAACAUCCAGUGCCAUUUUGGCCAUAAGGCAGUUAAAUAGGGGUGUCCAAAAGUCACCCUUUGUAAGAAAAGAAAAAGAUUAAUUCUGGGUUGUUUACCGUUAAUUCAGCUCUUUUAAAACCCAGAGUGCAACUGCUUUCUUGGCACUAAAGAUGCAGCAGGGAGAUGGGAGGGAGGGUGGCACGGGGGUGAUGCCCAGACAGCAUCAGCCCCCUAUACAGCCCUGCCUGCACCACAAUGAAUUUUGUGUUUAUUAUGACAUCAUUGUAUCUUUCAACUUACUGUAAAUGUAUAAAUAAAUAAUGACUGUGAUUUGA